CUUGACAUGUCAAAUUAACCCUGCGUAGAACUUCUAAAAAGAACACUUUCUCAGGAGGUCACGUGUAAAAAUUAAAUUGAAUUUAAUUAAAUUAUUUUUGAAGUAUUAAUAUACCAAGAAUAUCAUUAAAAAUGGAAGGUGAUGCAGAUCCAACCUUACUUGAAAAUAUUCCCGAACCAGAUUGGGAUUAUAUAAUUUCACAAGAUUUGAUGCUAUCAGAUAACUUGCCUCUACCUGAACUAAAUUCAAAUGGUAUUGAAUCAUAUUUUACAAGUUUGUCAUCACAUGACUUUAGCGAAAUCGGCAUAUUUACACAUUCAGAAGAAAUCAUUUCACACGAUUAUGAAAUUCCUGAAAUUGUUUCACAUGAUUUUAUUGGAAAUGGCGUCCCGAUAGUUUCGUCAAGUACUACUGAUGAAGAGAACUCGAAAGAAGAUUCAAACUUAUUGCUUAUUACCAUACCAGAGCAUUUACAAACAUCGCAAGUUUUCGAAUCUUUUCCUUCAGCUCACUUAAAUUCCCAAUUGAUCCAAAAGAUUUCAAAUUCAUCCUAUGGACAUGAUGGCGUUUUUUUACAGAAAUCGAAAAAGAUGUCAACUGAGUCAGAGUUCACAAGAUGCACGCCACUUCAUGUUAUUCAGGAGAAGAUUCCAAUGAAAAAAUCGAAGACAACUGAAACUAAACCUUGUCUUGGUGAUAAAAAUAAUUCUGGGAGACGAAAGCAAAGUUUUCAGCUGACAAGAGAAGAUGGAAUCGUUUUCUACGAUGUUCCAAAUGUGGGAACACCACAAAGACACGAGCGUCAUAUGCCGAGAGUUCUUGACGACUCAUUCAUUUGGAUUAACCCUGGAGAAAUAUCUGAUGAACCAAAAUCACCAUCAUCAUCAACUUCUCAAAACAGUGUUCAAUGUUCAAAAUGUGAUGGCGUUUUCAAAAAUGUAUCUGAACAUGUCUGCAAGAAAGAAAACGAAAUUAUACAAGAAUCAGAUGACAUUUCUCCAGUCGUUGUCGAUGUUUUAGAAAACGUCACUGAAACCAAACUCUUCAAAUGCUCGAUUUGUAUGGAAUCAUUCGAGGAAGGCGAAAGUCUUAAAACACAUUUAGAUCAACAUGCAAAUGGUCAUCGUUUUCAAUGUGAAAUAUGCAAGAAAAAAACUUAUAAGCUUCAUAAAAAUCUUAAGGCCCAUCAAAAGUACUGCUCACGAAGAACAGAAGAAGCCAAAUCAGAUUCAGACAGUCCUGAAACAACCCCACGAAAAAUUAUCACCCGUUCAUCCUUGAAGUUAAAAACAAAGUUGAAAAAUACGUAGAAAUCAAGAUAAAACCUUUUUUUCUAAAAUGUGAUUAUAUUUAAUGAAACAUUGAAUCAAAUCUAUAUAAAAUAAAUAAAAUAAACCAACCAAAUGUGUUGGUGAGAUGAACACUUUGCAUAACAUUU